GCUACAUUGUUGCUUGGCGACCAUUGUCAGCGUUUGGGCCAAACAAAAUUAAUUUGUAUAUAUUUUCAGGAAGUGUGGAUUUCUUUUUUAUUUACAAUAAUGUGUGCUUUUUGAUUUGCACACGAUAAUGGCAAAAAAUUUCAAUUACAAUUAUCCACAAGUUGCGCGUGAAGCCGGUUUUAAGUUGCGGCAAUACAAAGAUGGACCGAUCGACUGGCGUAUCUUAGGAUCCAUCGAAAUUGAACGUCUACUGCAGGAUCAACGAAUCGAGCAGGUGGAUGCAUUGUUGGCGCAUCUCUCCGAAGCGCCUUUAGCCACAAUCUUGGAUACAAAUAUAUUGGAUAGUGGUAUAGCCAAGUAUUUCAUAGUCUCGCAGUUCGCCAUACAAUAUUUGCUCUUCUGUCGUAAGUUUCUCGAUGAAACUAUAUGUGAGUUGCGCGAGGCGCACGCCGAAUCCCAAAUGGAUGUUGCAAAAUUGCGAAAAUCACUUGCUGAAGCGAAUAAUGAGAUCUUACAGCUACAUAAAAAGAUCACACAAAUCGAGGCAAUACACGAAGUGGUAUAUCCAUGUCAUCUCUGUACUAAGAGCUUCAUCAGCAACGACGCGCUGAAUAUACACAUCAGUCGACGUCACGGCGUGCGGACAACAAACAAUGUAGCAGUUCUGGGAAGGACUACUAACGGUAAUGACACUGGAAUUUCUGAACGGCAUACCGAGACUUCCGCCGGCACCAAAGAGCACAAUGAUUUACAAUUGAUAAACGCCAUCAAAUUGGAGCUGGAAAUUAAGCAACUUAAAGAGCGCCUUAACAAUGCGGAACGCGAUAUCCGUGAACGCAAUAUGACAGCGUCAAACAGCAGCAGACGUGGUACGCCACGUGAACCAACGAAAACUGUUAAGAGCAUCGCUAUACAGAGUGAAUUGUUGGAGAUUAAAGAACAAGAUGACGGCGCAGAUGCGACCUUAAAUAGCGCCAGCACCGACAGCAGCGAGAUGAGAGAACGCAAAGCACAGUUAAACAAGUUGCAGACAAAAAUACAAGAAUUUGAAGCGUGGCGCCAAAUGCAGCAAACCAAUAAUGAAGAGUCCAUUGCUGAAAUUAAUCGGAAGCUUGGCGAAAUCGUGCACACAUUGGAAGAGACAAAAGCCGCACCGAUUGUGACAACAGUGACUGCGACCUGCGAACCCAAAGUGGAGGAGGAACGCAUAGAUGCAGCCACCUUGCCAAGACAUGGUUCUCCCUCAGUGGAAGAUCUCGAGCGCUUGUUAACGCAGAAAGUUGUUGAAAUCGGACAAAAAAGCGCUGAAAAGCUGGAAGAGUUCGUACAUAACAUGGAAGCUAACUAUAAAGAGAAACUGGACGAACUUGAACGCGAAAUAAAGAGGCGCAACGCUGCUGAACUUAGGAUAGUGAGCGAAAAGAAAACUACAGUUGAUGCAACACAGGAAACGAAAAACGCAGAAGUGAAAACUAUCACACGCAUAGCUUCCAUUGCGGAAACGAGUGUACCACAAGGCGAUAUAACAUAUACAGCAUUUAAUCCCACGGAUAGUGAUUCUAGUCUAGGUGCUGAACCGAAGCCUGAAGCAGCGAAGCGUAUGCCACGCAUGAGACGAAGCAUAAAUACGGUUUCGGAAGUCGUUGCACCAAAUAAGGUCAAGCACAUUGAUGAAACGUAUUUAAUAUUGGAUGAAGCAGUUAGACAGGGGACGUCAGCAGGGAAGCCGAAACCAAGAGUGCGUACAAUUAAAAGUGCUGAAACAGCAUUGACAGACAAGAAGAAUAUGCAAGGCGAAGAAUUGUAUUCGCUGAGCGCGGAAAGCAAUAGAACGUUUGUAAAGCCGGAGAAUGCGGAUUUGGUAUUUGAAGAAAAAGUCGAAAACGACAGCACGGACAUCGCAGAGAGCUUAAGUAGUGAGAGUGAAGAAAGUAGCAGUAAAACGGAACUAACUCCAACUAUUCAGAAACCGGCAAAUGUCAAAGGAAAAAAAAAACUAGAUAUUGUGAAAAACCCUAAAGCACCGCCGAAACCGAAAAUAUUCACACGAAACGAUGCUCAGAGAAUGGUAAAUAAACGCUUAAUUGCGGCCGGCUUGGAACCGAAAGUAAAUGCCAUAUCCACAGCGUAUCGCCAACGCAUGAAUUCGGAACUAGUUGACAAACGGCAAAAAUUAAAGCAGAAAUAUGCCAACUUUAAUGCAACGCGUAACAAAAUCAAGAAGCUGGUGGAUAAGCUAUGCUCAACAAAACUUCCCGCGCCCGUUAAAGAUAUGUUGAUGCACACCAAACCAAUAAAGCCGAAAACGACUUACGAUGUAGCGCCACAGAAGCGCGGUGACGUACAAGUCUCCACAGAAUUAGAAAGCUUUGAAACACUUGAGUUGACGUCCACGCCCAUCCAAACUACACAGACUAUGCGUGAAAAAGACGCAUUCAAACAACGUUUAGAACGUAUACUCGCCUCUCCCAUGCGACAGCCCAAUGUCGACGAUAUAAAUGUCGAUAAUCAGCAAUUAGCGACUGCACAAAUACAUACUGCUCCACCUGUGCCAUUAACACGUAAACGUGUUAUGUUUAAUACACUUAGCCAAAACACUGAUGGCAGUGGCGAGAGGGUUUAACCAUUGAUCAUUAAAUAGCGAUAUGCAUAUGUCUAAAACUCCAAUGUUAUAUAUACAUACAUACGUAUUAAAAAAAUAAUAAAAUGUGUAUAUUAAUAUCAUUAUACCUAAACUAUUAUAGGAA